CUUUCUGACUUGUCUCCCCUCCUUAAAAGUAUAAGAUGUAUUGUUAAAUUUGGUCAAUUUGAUUGAGACCCCACUUGUUAAAUAAACUUCAUAUGAACAAAUAAUUCACUGAAUUCAAAGAAGUCUGCUUAAUUAAAACCCCACUUGUUCCAGAAAAGAGGCUGAAGAUGAGCUUAAAAUCUCUUUGGUCAGAAUUAAAGGGAGUUGAUAAGUCAUCUCUCUACAUCUAUAACUUGAACUUUCUCCUUCUUUGUUUCUCCUACUUGAUCCUUUUGUCUCCAAAGUCCAAAGAUGGAAGAUCACCAAAACUUGUUCUUCAAGCUCAAAUCAGUCUUACCAAUCUUUCUAGCAAUCUUUAUACCAGAAGCUCUUUCAGCAGAUCCAAAUUUCGAAGCCUGUGUAUCUCGGAGCUGCGGUAAUGACAUCGAAAUAAGCUACCCUUUUCGGAUUUCUCCCUUACAAGAAUCCUACUGUGGUCACCCAGGCUUUGAUGUUAGCUGUAUAAAGGGAGAGCCAGUGAUUCAGAUAUCUGGUUAUGAAUACCUCAUCAAAAACAUCUCCUACAGUAAUAACACUCUCAUGGUGGUCAACGCCGAGGUUCUGCAAAACGAUUGCCAUGUUCCUCUGCAUAAUUUAACCUUCAAUGGCUCUCAAUUUGUGUUGGGUCAAACUACUGAAAAUCUCAACUUCUAUUACAAUUGCACAAGGUCUAUUCCCUCCAGGUACCUAUACUUUCCUAUUAAUUGCUCUAGCUACAACCUAGGGAAUCAGUCUUUUGCUCUCUAUGAACAUGACUUGGGAUUGCCAAACUUGAAUGAUUCUCUUGAGACAUGUAAUCCUAUUGUGAGUGCACCUGUGGAAAAGUAUAAUGGUAUGAGGAAUUAUGUGCAAUUGUUAGAUAUUGGCUACUCAGGGUUGAUAGAUGGAGGGUUUCAGUUGCAGUGGAAUGAGACUGCGAGUAGUUAUUGCAGUGAAUGCCAAGGAAGUGGUGGCCGCUGCGGAUUUUAUGAGGAAGAGUUCUGGUGCUUUUGCCAAGGGGAAUCUCAUAGUCAAAGCUGCGCUUCUGAGCCCUUGACAAGUUUGGCAAAGAAGCUGGUCUCAGCUUUGUCAGCCAUUGGUUAUGCAACAAUAUUAGGCACAAUUAUCUGGUACUUGAGAAGAUGGUUUUUGAAUAGAAGAAGAACUGCUCAAAUUGUUGAGGAUUUCAUAGAGAUGUAUGGAUCACCAACUGCGAGAAGAUAUAGUUAUUCAGAUAUAAAGAAAAUGACCAGCUCAUUUAAAGAAAAAUUGGGCCAAGGUGGUUAUGGCAGUGUAUUCAAAGGGAAGUUACAAGAUGGCCAUCUGGUUGCAGUGAAAGUCUUGCAUGAUUACUCUAAAAGUAAUGGAGGAGAAUUCAUUAAUGAAGUUGCAACCAUUAGUAAGACUUCCCAUGUUAAUAUCGUUAGUCUUUUAGGUUUCUGUUUUGAUGGAUCCAACAGAGCGCUCAUCUAUGAGUUUAUGCCCUAUGGAUCUCUUGAAAAGUUUAUCAACAAUAUGGAACCUGCAGAAAAAAGACCUCACCUUUGUUGGGAAAGACUAUAUCAAAUUGCAGUCGGCAUUGCUCGGGGAUUAGAGUAUUUACAUCGUGGUUGUAACACACGGAUUUUACAUUUUGACAUAAAACCCCAUAACAUUCUUCUAGAUGAAGACUUCUGUCCAAAAAUCUCUGAUUUUGGCCUUGCCAAACUAUGUCCUAGAAAAGACAGUAUUGUAUCAAUGACAGGUGCCAGAGGGACUGCAGGAUAUAUUGCACCUGAAGUGUUUUUUCGAACCUUUGGAGGAGUCUCACACAAGUCAGAUGUCUAUAGUUAUGGAAUGAUGGUACUAGAAAUGGUUGGGGGAAGAAGGAAUAUUGAUGGCCAAGUUGAUCAUACUGGUGAAAUAUAUUUUGAAAACUGGAUCUAUAAGUGUGUCGGACUAGGCAAGCAUGUAAGACUAAACGAGCCUAUGAUAGAAGAGGAUGAAGAAAUUUCCAAAAAGAUGGUUUUAGUGGGAAUGUGGUGCAUACAGGUUGAUCCAGCAAAUCGACCAUCAAUGAGCAAAGUACUGGAUAUGUUGGAAGGAAACCUUGAAUCUGUGCCAAUACCACCAACACCUUUCUUGUCUUCUUCUUCUUCAAGAGCACUUGUUGAUGUUCCCGUCAAAUAAACACCAUUAAUGGUAUGUGUCUUUCUUUUUUCUUUUUUGGAUAAGUUCCUUUGAUGUAAAUUUCUGUAAGAUAAACUAAAUUGAUUUAAGUGGGAAAAUUAGUCUACAUCUUUCUGCAAAGUGACACAUAUGUUAAGCAAUAUGGCCUUGUCAUUCAUUGGAAGACCUAAAGGAUAAGGAACAUAAUUGACAUCCAUAAAAUAAAGAAGUUAAGAUGUCGCUUGUCACAACACCCAGCUAUGUCCUCACGAACAAGCUGCAUUUAUUCUCCUCCUUUGACCUCCCCUCUCCUUCUUUCUCAAAAUCCAGCUCUGACCUCUACCUAUAUCUCAACGUAGCAAUGAAUCUCUCAUCUUCUAAUUUCAACAGUUUCUCUCCUCUUGUCUCCAGCUACCCUUUCUCCCAUUCUCUCAUCUCCAGCAAUUUAUGCAACUCCCAUGGCCUGAUUCGUGCAAGGAUUACCAUUUAAUUAUGGCAACCAAGUUCAUUCUUGGAUUCAGUGAUUUUUUACUUUGGCUUAUAUUCCCUUGUUUUAAGGUUAUUUUUUAUGUUAUAAGGCUUCAUACUGUUUCCUAUCAUAGUUUUUCUGGAACAGGGAUCAUAAGCUUAGGAAAAUUAGAAGUCCAGAGAAUCAAUAGUUGAGAUAUUAAUCCCAACCCCAGAAAAUUCCUGCCGGAUUCUUACCUGUGAGAAUUUUCAUUCACAAUUUUACGUGGUUGUUUCGAUCAAA